CCCCUGCCAUUCGUCGUCUUCCUCUUCUUGGCUCGUCGCUCCUUCCCGUCCUGUUUACCUUGAGCGGGGCGAAGUAUUUCCGAAGCCACGGUGCAGUCCCGCGUCACCCACAUCCCUCUUCCCCCUCACCUCACUUCGCCACUCACAAAUACAGCUCACGUCAAUGGCCUCGAGCGGCUUUAGUUCAGUUCGUGAUCCGGCCCCAGUGCGGCAAGUCAGUUUGAUCGAAGCAACUUGCAUUUCUUCACCAUCCUCGCAUAGCCUGCUUACUGUAACGAUGAAUCCUGCCACGGCGAAACUAGCACUCAAGCUCCAGCUCGACGACAUCGAUGUGGUCCUCAAGUCGCUGCCGACCUCCAGCAGCGACAUCCGCGCUAAAAACGAAGUGGCCGCCUUUAGAGCCCUUCGUAAUGAGUUGGUGAUAAAGUAGAUGGAGGUGAAUGGCCAGUGUGCCGCGAUGAAUAUCCUAAGGGAGGAGCAUGCAAAUCGAAUGGCAUACAAGCGCUUGCUUGGCUAGGAGGGG